CAAAGCCCGCCAGCCUUCCCAGCUCGCCAAUCAUUUGAGCCACAGCGCAUUUUUAUUCAAUUAGUUGUAGCUGGGUAGUUAUUGAAACAAAUACCUAAAGGUUCACAUUUGCUAGCUAUUAGGUUCCAAUUAACAUUAAGGGUGGGUUCGUAAAUUAACUCUGGCUAUAAAGUCUGAGUGCCAUAGCACAGAUUAAUUUAUGAACGGCCAGAGCGCACUCCAGAUUGAAUUUACGAACACACUGGACUGUGUGUGGACCUCAGUUCGUCGUUCAAUCACCCACGUGGGUGUCAAAAUGGAGUUCGGUAACGUUAUGUUGGAUAUAGAGCAGGUUGUUGUGGGGGAAGAGGUGAUGACCAGUACCACAGCAUCCAUCAUCAAACCACAGACUGUCCCUGCUCUCCAACCCUAUCAGCAUGACAGCGUACAGUGUUUUCAGUGCUUCAUUACAUUCUGUGAUGCCAAGUCCAAGGAGAGACACAUGAGGAAGAGCCAUCGUGAGGAAUACAAGCAGUCGCUCCAGCAGACAGAUACGCUGUUCACCUGUUAUGUGUGCGAUCGUACCUUCUCCUCCUCUGAGGAGCUGACGCAGCACCAGGCCUCACACAGCCUGGAAGACAAGGCCUUCCGCUGCACCCACUGCCAGGGAAGCUUCCGGACUUUCUCUGAGUUGACAGUCCACCGGCGACAGCUGUGCAAGGAGCGUCGGUGUGCGUGCAAGAACUGUGGCAUGGUAUUGCGGGGCCCAAACCAGUUACACACCCACUGCCUCACCCAGCACCCCCAGCUGAUGGAAGAGGAGGAUGAUGACACCAAGACUCAUCGUUGUGGCAAGUGCGGCCGCAGGUUUGAGAUGGAGGUGGAGCUUGUGCUGCACCAAGAGAACUUUGUGGGUCAUCAGCAUUGCGACGCAAAAGUCCCAGCCAAAACACGCGGAAGCCCUCCCAAGAAAGUGUCUGUGGCUGAGCCAAAGUCUGCUGAGCGAGAGGCAGCUAAUGGAGAGAAGAGUGGGAAAGCUGACGAUGGGGGAGAGGAGCUUGUGGCAAAAGGAGGGAAACGACCAGGUCUACCCCAUAAGGAGGAGCUCCAAAUACCCUGUCCUGAAGCUGAGUGUGACCUCAUGUUCUCCUCUGUUGACUUUCUCCGGGCCCACAAGAAGGAGAAGCACAGGCGGCCACCUCUCAAGACUCACCCCUGCUCUGAGUGUGAAGAGAGCUAUACUCGACCGGAGCAGCUCAAAGCCCACAUGGCCAUGGCUCACGGCUACGGCCAACACAACUGCCCCACCUGCGGCAAGACCUUUGGCCGGGAGAGCAACCUAAAGGCACACCAGAAGACCCACACUGAGGGAGAAGAGGCAACAGACAAAGAACAUAGACAUAGAUAAUCUGGGGAAAGGGGAAUGUCAUCAUGGACAAUUUAUGUAAUGGUUAAAGGUGCAAUAUACAGAAAUUGCUUACCAUUUUCUGGUUGCUAAAAUUCUAAUAGUUUGCCUAAUUUUAGUUUGUGACAAAACAAGCAAUGUAUAGCAUAGAUAAUCAUUCUACCAUUUAAACCACUGUGAAAUAUAUUGUCAGCUGUUUGAAACCGGUGUACAAACCCAAAAGUAAAAGCCACAAAAUGAAACUUAAGGGAGUCAUAGAAAUGGCGCGCAUAGAACAUAUCUACUGCUUCUUAGACUUGCUUUCGAUGAGUUGCUUGCUUUCUAUAACUCAUAUUUCUAUGUGGAUUUGGUCGGGUUACCUAAAAAGUUACAUGCUGCCGCUUUUAAGGGUUUGGAAAAUAUAAUUUGGUUAAAACAGGCAUUGAUAUGGGUGGGUUUUUUAUGUUCAAGAUGGGAGUUUGGAGUGAGUGACAUACCAUUAUGGAUAAGCACUCGGUUGGAUCAUUAGCUUGUUCCUGGUUGCUCCCACUGAUUAUUUUGAAAUGCUUUUAGAACCCUCUAAUGAUGUGUACAUGAUUGUGAAUUUCAACUGCCAGCCCCCUUCCAGGGUAGGAAUCUAUUUCCAUAUUACCUCAAAUGUGAGCAGAUUUAGUAACUUAUCAUAUUGAUUUUAGUAGGAAAUCAAUGGGUUUUAUGGUUUGCAUUUUAGUCAUUUAGCAGAUACGCUUAUCCAGAGCAACUUACAGGAGCAAUUAGGGUUAAGUUCUUUGCUCAAGGGCACAUCAACAGAUUUGUCAGCUCUGGAUUCGACCUUUCAGUUACUGGCCCAUCGCUCUUAAUCGCUGGGUAACCUACCGUCUUCAACAUUCCACUCAUUAUUUAGUUUACGUUCCUGUCAAGGCAUCUUCUGAUCAUGUAAAUGUAUAUAUAUUGGUCCGGAGAAUAUAUGGUUCUGUGAAGGAUGUCGUUGUUGUGAUGGCUCAGUUGGUAGAGCAUGGCGCUUGUAACGCCAGGGUAGUGGGUUCAAUUCCCGGGACCACCCAUACGUAGAAUGUAUGCACACAUGACUGUAAGUCGCUUUGGAUAAAAGCGUCAGCUAAAUGGCAUAUAUUAUAUUAUAUAUGAUCUUGUACUUUUUUUCAUCCAUAAUUAAAGAGUAAGGAGUGAUUUUUAAA